UGUAUCAUUUGUUAGCUACCCGCGCACCACGUACGUACGUACGUACGUUAAUGCAGAACUUUGCAGGAAAAUUAAUGAUCUGUUGAUUUUAGCUAUCAAAUAAACUUUCACCCUGCUGAUUUUGUGUGAUGGAAUUUCAACUGAGAUUUGCUGUGGGAGCAUCAUGCCACUGGCAGCCCAAAGGUCAAAGGACGACCCUGAUGACGAGAUCCCCACUUCCUCAUCCUCGUCCCAUUCCUCGCCGACACUGACGCCCCGCCGGUGGUCCCACAAGAAAUUCGGUCACAGCAAGAGACCGGCGAUUCAGCUCGCAGGGCCGCCGACUUUGUGCCAGCAACUGCAGCAGCGUGCCCUUCCGUCGACGGCAACCCUGAAUACUGAGGGUAAAACCAGACAGUCGCCGCGCAGGGACGAGAAGAAGAAAAGGAGGCGUGAGUCCGAUGCCAAGUGGCGCUCUAACCUGUCCGUCUGCUUCAAGCAUCUGGAGACAAAAUUGCUUCCAGGGAGGAAUUGUACCAAAACUCGCCUCUCCAAGGAAAUGAUCGUUCAGAAGACGGUGCAGAAGGUCCAGUAUUUAGAGGCUGUCUUCAUGUUUUUGAAGCAAGCAGAUAGACACGGUAACAAGAGUUGCUUUUCACCGACGCGAGGACAUCAAAGUCUCCAGUCAGCCAGGAGAGAGUUUGCUCGCAAGUUCUACUACAAAUAUAGACAAAAGCCAAGCACCGAAACCACUUCUGUUGAGAAAACAGAGCCCAAAGCAGUCCAGCAAGAAGGUGUCCUGCCAAGGUUUGGCAAAACCAACAGCGAGCAGCUUGUUCCUCCCUUGGUGAAAACGACAGCAACGGGCCCAGCAAUGGAGUACCCCACUGAAUGUGAUCCCUCAAGGUCCAAUGUGCCAAGAGAACGAGCUGUUCCCUCCACUCCGACCAAGUCCCUCGUCUGCGAGGAGCGAGAUCUCGACACGGAGGACUCGUGGCCGGAAACUCUCAAUCUCACACCCAAACAUAUCCCAAACAAUGCUUUCAAUGGACACAUUCAGCAAACUCAAGUGAUGACGAAUCCAAAACGUAGAGCACUGCACGACGUGGCACGUGUUCCCUCCCAGAGUCCAGUGAGAGAUCAGAGAAGUUACGUUCCUACUUCGCCCUCUCUCUACAGUCCGGAUAGACCGCUUGUGCCUAGUGUACCAAGUCACAUGAAGGUUGGUGACAGGCCGGCUAGCUUCGACAACCAUUCUGUGAGUCCCGCUGCGAAGAACGGAAUAGCAGGUCCCAGCGGACUGGCCCUCAAGGGCUCGGCCCGCUCUCCGGCCAGAAAGUAUGACGAAGUGACACCUCACUGGCCGGCCUACUGGAGUCCGGCCAAAAGCUCAGCCCACCGGAGUCCAGCCAUUAGCCCUGGGCUGGCCAGUCCUUGCCAAGUCCCACGCUGGAGUUUGCCCGGAACACCGGUCACCAAUCGGUCUGCCAGAUGUAGAAGCGUACCACCCUUCUGGCCACCAAGUCCCGCCAGUAGGUCGACUGACAGCCAAGUAAAAACCAGUGGCCACACCUUCUGCAGCCAUCCAUCCUACAGUCCUGUACACAGUCCGUCCGUUAGCCACGGAACUAAUGAUCAAAUCCGGCCACUGUACCGCAGUCCAGCCAGAACCUUGGCUGAUAAUCCAACCACUAGCCAGGCAGGCACUGUUCUCACUUACUCAGCUCUUCUCCCUGACCUCAUCAUGACUUCACCAUCCAAGCGCUACAAGAUUGUGGGAAAGUCCGUCAUCAGCUUGGGAGACACUGGGCCAGAAACCGCCCAAAUCUUGACGUCACCCGACCAAGCUGAUGAUGCCCCCCUUCCAAACUUGGAACCGGAAGGCAGAGUGACCCCAGACUUGACGUGUCAGGAAGACAUCCCUUCUUGGAAAGAGGAUGACAGGUAUCAGAAGCGGACCCCCUACGGCACUCCUCGCUCGGCCACCCAUCCCCCCUCCAUUGCCCCUAAGCGUCGCCCCUCUGCCUGGUCAGCCAAGUUUGUCAAUGAUGUCAGGCGGGCCACACUGGGACCUGGCCCCAAAAGAGCAAAGAGCGGGCGCUGCAAGAGGCUAUUUUGUGACGACAGCGGAGACAGCAUUGCUGGUCAACCGAUUAUCAAGAAGGAAAAGCUUGACCAGAUAAAUGCCGGGAGCAUGGUUGGCGACGGCAAGAAGGCACCCAGGAGAAAGUACCACAAGCGAGCCACCGCUGCCCGCGUCAGACCCCGGAAUCCCCUGAACAGCGAAGUGGGCAGCCACGUCUGUGGGAUCACCCGGCAGCGCAACUGUCAACACAAGUCCAGAGCACCCAUAUGUACUCCAUCACCUGCCUCAAGCACUGAAGCAUCGCCCUAUCGCCAUCCCACUGCUAAGCUCCGCUCCCAAAGCAAGGCCAGCCGGAGGAAGUCACAGACGCCGAGGAAGGUGAUGCGGAGAGGACCUCGGAUCGUCAUCGAGGGGGCUGGGAUGGCGGACGUGGAGCUGGACGUGGAGGAAAUCGUUGAUGUAGAAGAGGUUGAGCUGGACCGCCCGUUAGAAGAUGUCGGCAAGACAACGAAUGGUGGAGAGCUUUUCCUUGACAACAGCAGCUUUCUUGAUCAGGAUAGCAGCCAAGGCAGCCUGCUUCUCAGUGAGAUUCCCCAGCUUCCUGAUGACAUCAUCACGCCACUGCUCCUAUCUAAUGAAUCUAGCCAGUGCUUCCUCGAGGAUUCAGACCUAGAGAAGACACUUCAAUCAGAGAAAUACGCAAUCCCGCCCACCAUCAAUCGGCUCAACACAACAAAAUCGGAUGACGAGAUUGUUUUGACUAUCUUGGAACUGGAGAAGGAAUCCAGGACAAGCAGCUCCAUGCACAGCUCUCCGGACUCCAUCGGUAACCAGCAUGCUGAUCCCACUCCUGACACCACUUCUGUCAAUGUCGCGGAUCAAGCAGGGUUGCCUGAUCACCUUCAGGGCGCUCUCCUGGAGGCCUACCGGCUCAUGACCGGCAAGUCUGGCACUGCUGACAGUCCUCCUGCAGUGAUUCUCAGCCCCAUCAGGCUGUCCGGGCUCAGCAGUCUGAAUGAAAAGCUGAGCCCAAACAAAAGUUCCUUCUACCUCAUCAGCCCGGUCAAACAGGACAGUUUUUCUCUGGAAGCUGAUGACGAGGAGAAGAUGCUCCUGUCAAGUGAGAACGAUGAAGACCAAAUAACUGAAUCCAUGGCUCGUUUUGCAUCAAGAGCCCUAAGUAGCCAAGGCCUCAAUACGUGCAACCAAAAACCGGCCGAGUCGGAUCUCGAAGUCUCCGAUGUCAGUUCAAGCCAGCAGGUCUACCAGGGAGCCAAACAAGCCCUCCUGAAUGGCCAGAUUGUCGGUAAGACCCCAGCUGGCCCACAAUCCAGCUGCCACCAACCCCAGUCCACACUGAUCUGCAUUGAUUCAGGCACACCGACGAAGAAUCAGCCUCAGUUACCAUAUUCACUACCUGCGACGGUCCCAUUGGCACUACAAUUUGGCAGUCAGAAUCCCAACAGUGCUUAUCCCACUUCUGACACCGAAGUACACAUGGGCUCGUCGUAUACAAGCACCUCGCCCUGUUUGUCACCAUUGUCCACCUCUACUCUGUCAACGCCGGGACGGUACAUGAGCCUCACUCACGUCUCCCAGAGUUCAGCAGAGACCUCAUUAUCAUCUGAGCUACCCAAGGAACCUUACAGCUGGUCCCAGUCCAGCUCGCCAGUCAUCAAGCAGGAGCCGUGGGACUGGACCGAUCCCCCCGACCUACAGGCCGACGAAUCCCUGGACGAUAUGAUGGGUGACGAGGAUCUCCUGGCCAAAUACUACCAGUGCCUGGGUGGAGUGGACACGGCCAGGGGGAACCGGUCCGAGCAGGGACAAUUGGAGGUGCCCGACUGGAAUGCGGAGAAGAAAGUUGCAAGCCAGUCUCCCGGUGAUGGUAUCACAUCAUCCGCAUCACCCACGUCUUCAUCACUGUUGUCAUUCUCCUUGGCAACAGGCCGCAUCUCCACGGGCUCCCCGGCAACGGACGGUCUGCAGAGCGCCGAAUACCAGGUGGUUCCCAGCCUGUCCACCAACGGCAACCCUGCUGUCAGGCAAGACCAGAUGACGGGGAACAAAUUCGACUCUCGGGGACGGGUGGGUAAAAAAUCUGCUUUUGACACAUUUUUUUGGGGGGUAGAAACGGGGACCAGGGAAGGGUAAGGGGGUUAGGGUUGAAGGGAUAUCUUGGAUCAGGGUUGAGAUUUGGGCUGGAGUAGGUGGAGUUAGGGUUGUGGUGAAUAUUGAAAAUUCUUUAGAUUUGCAGAAAACCACCUGGCCUCACAUACAUGUACCAGCACAAACCACACUAGGAAUAUCGGAAGUCAAACAAAAGUGAAAUGGGCAAUAGAACCGUGAUUCCUGUCACCAGUAUUUCCAGUCUGUAUUACAGAGAGUGAUAUCCGAGUGUGGAGCGUUUGCCAGUGUUCACAGACGUUGUUUGGACCGGCUGUCUGCAUAGCGAUUACGAAGACUUUUAAUCCCCAGAGCGUUAAGACCUGAAGAACAUAAGAUGAUUAUGGUUUCCAAUUUCCCCAGCUUACAUGUGAAACUUUAUGUAGUGACUUACAGUUUUGGCAGAUGGAAAUUGUUUAUCACAUUUUUCCUCAUCCAUAUCAGUUGAACUUGUGCCAAAGUAUCGAAAGUAGUACAAAAUCCAUACUUUCUGAAGACAUUCGCGGCUAGUUACAAAUUUCAAGAAGUCUUAUAAAUUGUUCCAAAAUUUUGAAAAGGUUGAUACAUUUUCCGAGUGUUCUAUUGUGAGAUGCUUUCUGAACCAUGCCUUUAAUUUUCUGCAAUUGUUUGCUUUUGGACAUGUUGUAAUUGUUGAAAACUUCAAAUUUGAUUCUUGUUUAAGGAGUUUGAGCAUUUCUAAUCAAGUUACGGGGGUGACAUUUUGUGAGGAUUUUUCCUGAUUUUAGGAUUUUAUUCAUCAGUAUUUUUAUGAUUUCGUGAUUGUUUCAAACAGUCUUUCUUAAAAUCUGGUGUUUUGAAAUGUUGAAUAUAUCGAGGAGGAAUUGUACGCAUAACUUAAUGCAUGUAUAUGUUGGACUUGGUAGAGUUAUGCAGAUAUGUUCAUACUGUGAUCACGACUUUGUAAGUGUUGAGCUGUUAUAUAUUUCAGUCUUUUGACACUUCAGUUGUUAAACUUCCUUGAUUUUGCAUUAUAGCAGGGUGAAAUAAACAGUUUGACUACUGAUGUGCUCAGCACAUUCACAGAUUUAAUUAACAGCACUUUAUUGUCCCAUUAAAAAAAAAAGACAGUAACCACCCCAUGUACAUUGUACAUGACACUAUCAAAGCAUUAAGAAAAAAAAUCAACUACAUUUCAUUUGCCAGCGGGCCCAACAUGUACAUGUGCAUGUAUGCUUUACGUCUGACCAGAGAUUUUCUUGUGUUCCCUUGUGUGCGAAAAGGCAUACAUUCUUACCGAUACAUACAGUACAUGUAUUUUAGUCUGGGAACACUGGCUAAUUUCAUCCUGCUGUAAAGAUGUUGGCACGACAGUUGUGCUUACUAUAAACAGAAAACAAUUCCACUUCAAGGUACAUGUACGUCCAUCAUUUGCAGUUAUUCAAAGAGUACCUGGCAACAUCAUGACUAUGGGGGACUAUGCUCCCCGUGAAAUUAUUCUGUUUGGCGAGCUGUCAUUUGGAAGACCGCAAUGAAGGGCCGUUUUCUAAAGCAGCCUGUUUGGAAACUGGCUGAAUGAGAACGUGUCCCAGAUGCAAAAAUUAGGCACAAUUCAAACAAGACUCUAGAUUUUGAUUUGCAGUCAAAUCGAGAUCCAAGAAUAUUUUUUCUCUUAAGAAUACAAAGCGUACGUACACUAUGCUUGGUCUUCAUCAGGUUAGCGGUGGGGUUAUCCUUCUUUAGAUUCUGAACUCGUUUGUUGCCUGAAAGGAAUAUUAUCAGAUUAUGCACAAAUGACAGACUGCACCUAAAAGCAUGGAGGGUUGCAUCCACCCAGACAAUUCUCCUCUUCUCUUCAUGCAUGGUAAGCCACUGACUUGAGCAAGCAUUUCCUCUGAGGCCAAGCUUGCUUUUCGCCGUGCUUAAAUGCUCAAUGGUCUUUGUGAUACGGACCGAGGUCUCAGAUAGAGCAUAACAUUGGCCAGUAAGCGGCACUAUGAAAUGGGCUAGGCUAAGAUAGCACUUCAAGCAUGGUAUUGUACGUGUGCUGUGACAAGGUGUGUGACAAUGCUGCUGUGAGGACAACACCACGGCAGACGAAAACAUGACGCAGGAACACAGCAAACUCCCCAAGAUCUGCUACAGAAUUUCCAAACAGAAAGGAAUUUAUCGUCCCUCAGACACAAUACAAACCAAGGUAUGUGCAAACUUGUUGGAAUGUACAUGUAUAGAGUUCCUGCAGGACUCUAACUCCGGUUCAAAGUUUGCAAACAUGCAUUUCCAGCAUACAAUUUAUCUUUGUCCAAAUACUCGGUUUCCACCCAAUACCCAACAGCCAAGUGCCCAUCAAUCCAUGCUAUUGCUAUCAACCUCUUCAGACUUGCAUAUCAUAAUGUAUAUGUAUGCAGACCUGCUUACUUAACACUGUUCUAUGAUAAACUACAUGUACGUGUUCAUGUGCCACAGUACACAUGUUCAUGUACUUCUUGGACUUGAACAAAGUUCGAUCAUAUCAAGCAACACAUGUGCCGACCCCCAAAGAUCGAGCGAUACUAAAGAUUGCAUGGCGCCACAGAUUGGCGCAAGAUGGAGAACUCAGCCAAAAAAGUGUUGUCACCAUGGGCGCCAUUUGAGUGUGAACGUUAAUGCACCUGCGCCUGUCUCGUUAACAUAGCGUAUUCACACCCAAAUGGCGUCCCGGCAAUAACAAGGUUUUAUGCGUAUUCACGGUGAAGUUAUCUAUCUUGCGCCGCUAUACAAUCUUAGGGGCUACCUGCCAAAGAAAAAAGUAAAUAAAUGAAUUGGACGGCAGGGAAAUUAAUUUCCAAGGGAGAAAAUAUGCAUACACACAGUAAGCCUCAAACCAAUUCUUUGUAAACUUUGGAGGGUGAGUCCAUGGAAAGGUCCCCUUUUCGUUCCUUAUAUCACAUUGUGUUUUCUAUUGUAACACGCUCAUCGCUAAGACUACCUGUAGUGGUGUGAACAUUCUUGUAGGUAUUUUCCAUCCAGAUGCCCAACAGUAGAAUGAAACCACUGAUAUCCAGGAAUGUCUUUGAGGGUAAAACCUCUGUCGUGUAAAGGGGAACACGUGUUAAGUGUAGCUCAAGUGAAAUCACAAACUUUCUAUAAACCAAAGAAUAUUGUAGUCUACUGAAAUUUAUUCACACAAUAAAAGAAUUUAUAUAUCUGUUUCCAGUGCCUUUUCUUAAUUUUAACCUAACCCAUAUAUAUACAAAAUAAUGUAUACGUAAUUGAAAAUAAAUCAUUUCUAUUUAAGCAUGAUUGCACGUCCUGAAUGUACAGAUGGCAAAAAAAAGAGAAAAAAAA